AGUGGGCGUUGGGGCCGGGCAGGACUGGGAGUUCCUCUACUCCGUGCGUUUACGGGGUCCUGGAGGAGGCUCCUGGGACCUCGAACUUGGGGGAAGGCAGGUCGGGGAGACUGACUUCCCCGGAUCCCAUCCUUCCCAGCGCGACAACCGGGACGCCUGGCUCCUCCCGGCGGCCGUCGGGAGGCGAUGCCGAAGCCUUAGCUCAUCCACCUGCAGACAUGGGGCGCAGAAAGUCAAAACGAAAGCCGCCUCCCAAGAAGAAGAUGACGGGCACCCUCGAGACCCAGUUCACCUGCCCCUUCUGCAACCACGAGAAAUCCUGUGAUGUGAAAAUGGACCGUGCCCGCAACACUGGAGUCAUCUCUUGUACUGUGUGCCUAGAGGAAUUCCAGACGCCCAUAACGUAUCUGUCAGAACCUGUGGAUGUGUACAGUGAUUGGAUAGAUGCCUGUGAGGCAGCCAAUCAGUAGCAACACAGAGGACCCACCCCCUGAGCAGCCCCACCUACUGUGGACCCAGCUGUUGGGUUCUGGUCCAGAGACAUUCCAGGGGUCCAGGGUGUGGGUCCUGGGCUGUCACAGCCCUCUGUGUGCGUGUGUAGAGUGGUCGUGGGUGUGAGUGGGUGUGUGUGCGAGUGUGGAGUGGAUGUGGGUGUGUGUGUGGCUGCACGUGUCACUGGGGUGGCCGUGAGUGUGUGCUCAUAGAUACACGGUGGUGGCGGGUUCGUGGGCCUGAGGGGCCUGAACUGACCUCGCUUGGCUCCAAAAGCCUUUGCUGUGUUCCCUUCUUCAGCCCCUGGCCCCCCAUCUUUGGGGCUCUGGCUCCCCCCGGCGGAAGUAGGGGGCUGUUUCCUGAUAUCCUGGACAAGGGAAGCCCAGUAGAGGCUGGAACUGGACCUCUCCAGCCUCCUCACCAGCACCGUGCCCAUCUCAACUGGACUUCCCGCCCUCCUUCUCCACCUUCUAGUGCCCGUGGCCUGGGAUUCAAAGCCACCGUUCCCCAGGUCCCUGGGCUGGGCCCUGACAGGGAGCCGCCCCCCUCCCCAUGCUAACAAGGAAGCCCAGUUUCGUGUUCAGUUGCUUUUGUAGAGGAAGCAAGGGCUGGGGUGGGGACAGCUGUCAAUCACAAGCCCUUAAAUAAAGCAGCCAGCGCACAUC